GUCGCUUCGUUACGUUUACAUUUGUUCCCGACGUCGCGUUGUAUGAGGUGCGAAGCCAUUACCCUCGUCCGCUAAAGCCAUCGUGCCAUAUUCCCACUCGCGCCCUGAAAUUGACCGCGUUCUCGUAGUUUUAAGUGAAAUAUUAUGAGAGUGAAGACCGAAAUGGAUGACGACGAAAAGGGAAAAUUAUUUGUUGGUGGGUUAUCAUGGGAAACAACCCAAGAAAAUCUCCAACGAUACUUCGGCCGCUAUGGCGAAGUUAUUGAUUGCGUCGUUAUGAAAAACAGCGAGUCUGGGCGUAGUCGUGGUUUUGGAUUUGUAACAUUCAGUGAUCCUGCGAAUGUUUCUUUAGUCCUUCAAAAUGGUCCUCAUCAGCUUGAUGGACGUACGAUUGAUCCAAAACCAUGUAAUCCGCGCACUCUUCAAAAGCCCAAGCGUAGUGGUGGCUUCCCGAAAGUCUUUCUUGGUGGCUUGCCAAGUAAUGUGACGGAGACUGACUUAAGAUCUUAUUUCACUCGCUUUGGUAAAGUCAUGGAAGUAGUCAUAAUGUAUGAUCAAGAGAAGAAAAAAUCAAGGGGAUUCGGCUUUCUAAGCUUUGAGGAUGAAGAAGCUGUGGAUCGAUGUGUCGCGGAACAUUUUGUCAACCUGAAUGGAAAGCAGGUUGAGAUUAAAAGGGCCGAACCGCGCGACUCGUCGAGCAAAAUGAACGAUAGUCAUCAGGGUCAAUGGGGUCCACCUCAACAAGGUGGUCCGCCGAUGGGAAUGGCCGGAAAUAUGGGACCUAUGGGAGGACCGAACGGACAAAUGGGUGGACCUAUGAUGGGAGGACCUAUGGGUCCGCCUGGUAAUAUGAUGCAACAAUACCAGGGUUGGGGUACUAGUCCUCAAACUGGUGGAUAUGCAGGAUACAGCACCCAAUAUAAUGCUCAGGGCUGGGGUGCACCACCAGGACCGCCGCAACAGCAGCAGAUUCCGCCGCCGCCUCCACACCAAUGGGGUAGCAGCUAUAAUGUUCAACCAGCUGCAGCUACUCAGGGCUAUGGAAGUUAUGGUGGGCCGGCGGCGGCCGCUUCAGGGGGCUACGGGCCCACGGCGGGUACUGGCGGGGCUGCGGGAGGCGGGCCUGGGGGCUCUUGGAGCUCCUGGAACAUGCCACAGAAUGGGCCUCCUCCUGGGACCCAGCCCCCACCCCAGCCCCCUCAGCCCAACUCCUCGCAGCCCAACUCCAACUCGAACCCCUCUGGCCCGCAGGGUGACAUGUAUUCGCGCCAAAAUACUGGUUCAGGUGCGCCAGGAUCCAGCAGCAGUUCAGCUAAGACUCCUGAUUAUACUGGGUACUCUGCGUACAGUAAUUAUGCUGAUACUUCUUAUCCUCAGCGUUCGUAUCAGGGAGGAGAAAAUAGCCAAGAUGCACGGAAAUGGCCAUAUGGAUAAUCCAAUCCAAUUUGUUCAAGAAUCGCGGCCUGUUACAACAUACUUGUGGACAGAGUACAGACAUGUAAUGCAGUUUUGAUCACAGACAAGUUGACAAUGACAUAUAACGAAGUUUUGGACAAAACAUAUGAAAAUGUGCAUUUGUAUUAUCAUUAUGUAUUAAGUAAGACUAAGGGCGCAAAUUGAUAUUCGCGAGUUUAAACAAUUAAAAUAAUUAAUUUUUAAAAUAAUUAAAAUAAUGAAUUUUCGAGACGUUUUGAUUAUUAUUUCUCAACUUCUUAUUUUGGACGCAAACGUUCGACAAAUUUGUUUGGAUAAGAGAAUCGUUUACACUCGUGAACAUUGUACUGGUCUUACUUCGUAUUAAUUUUUAAAUUAAUAUGUCAACAAAUAUCAUGUUAUUAUCGACGAUACGAUUAUCAUGUAAGUUUCCGAGGCGUCUGCUCGGUAUAUUUAUUUAUAAAUAAAUUCUUCAAGCCUUUUAAUUAUUAUAUUUAAUUAUUUUUUAAUUUUGGCCGCAAAAAUUUAUAUAGUUGCCGACUAUUUAUCUAGCUCGCUAAUAAUAUGUCGAACCUUUUGCAUUUAACGAGAGUUCUCUUGUGAUUCGGACGCGACGCAAAUGUGACACCCAUAAUGAAUCGAACACACACAUACACACAUACAUACAUAUACGUCGUAGACGCUUUUAAAGUAGCGCAUACACGUAAAGAUUUAUAUAGAAGCGAGCGCUUGGAAAAUUUUGUCGAUUAGAGUAUCGCAUUUUAUUCCUCUACGUCGGAAGGUGUUCGCCAUUAUUAACAUCAUUUACUAAGCAAACCACGGCAAUUAUACAGGUGCCGAUAAAUAGUAUUUACGAGUCUGUAUGCGCAUGUACUAACUAGAUAACUGUUUGUAUUUUAACAAGUAACAUUUAAAUUUAAUGUUUGAUGUUUCAUCCACUUCGCAUUAUACUUGUGUGCAUAAACGUAGGAGAACAGCUGUUGAGGCAACUGUGUUAAUAUUGAUAGUCUAAUGGGUUUAGGAUGGAUUGGUGGUUGGAACGUAUUUUUGGAUAUUGUGAUACGUUAACUUCUUUUUGUUCAUUAUAAUUUAAUUCAUCGCGAAUGACACAUUUGGUGAGUAGAAUUGUAAAAUUAAAAUUGUUAAAAUAUUAAUUAAAACGUCGAAAAACUUACAAUUUACUGAUCAUUGUGGGAAUUAUAAGAUAAUGGAAAUUAUUACUUCUGAAAAAUAUUACAAAUAUUUAAUCUGAUUAAUCUGAAUGUAGAUCAUAUGGGUUUAAAGAUCGGAAUUUUUUUCGUUUUUAUUCUAUAAUAUAAUAUAUCAUCCAAAUUUUACUCGCCAGAGUUGCUCGAAAAAUUUAUCAAUCAAAGCGAAUGUUGGGUAGAGAGUUGAUAUCAAAACGGUUUGCAUUUUCAAUUCUGGGAUUCAAUUAUCGACUAUGGCGCGCGGUAGUUAUUGAAUCGAGAUUGAGUUCAUGUUUUGCUCAUUUCAGAAUUUCGGUUUUGUCGGAACGGACGCGAGAGGUUACAAAUCGAUUGUUCGUAAAGCUGAGAAUUAAGCUACUUUUAAUUUGCGCAUUUCGUCAGCAUAGUUAUUACGUUGGUUUCAUCCAAAUAUAUAAUUUCGCAGAGUGAAAUACGUCCAACGACCACUGCCCUCCGCGGAGACACAAGAGCGACAGCCCUUUUCGUGUCUGGCGAUGCCCCUGUGAACAGGAGCAGCCGGUCGAAGGGUCGCCGCAAAGUAUAAUACGAUACAAACGAGUUAGCGUAUUUUAUCGAGCUAAAUAAAAAAAAAAGAAAAAUAACAAUCGCGCGUCUGCUGUUUCUCCUUGCGAGCCGUGUGCACGCGUACUUGCGCGUUUCAGCUCGAUUUGGAAAUAUUGCCGUGACACUUAGGCUUAGGAUUAAAAAGCGGAAAAACAAAACCUUAUUAAAAGAUAAAAGAAGUGUCAAAGUACUGCUACAAUUAUCAUUAAUUAACUAUUAACUAUUAACGCGUUAGUAUCACUUAAAACGAAAGAUUAGAGGGGAGGGGGAGGAAGCGAGAAAGAGAGAGAGAUAAAUAGAGGCGAAAACUACUGUUGUUAUUAAUUUCUAUUUGUAAUUAAUUAAUUAUCAUCACCCAUGGCUUUACUAUUUUCUUGAUAAAGUACUAUAUCGACAGCUUCUCGAGGCUACGGAGCAAUGAGGGCGUGUGAGAAAGAGCGUAGCUUAAAUUAGUAAGGGGAGCAUGUUUAAACGUUAAUUAAGAGCGACGAUUGGGAGUGAGAGCUUAAUUGGUGUUAUGGUCCUGUAAGAAUUCUGUGCGGCCGAAUGCUGCUUGGGUGUGCAUGCGUGGUGAAAAAACGGGCGCAGCAAAAACCUGGAACUCGGAUAGAGAUAUAUAAAUAGACAUAUAUAAGUCGACCUGGAAAGACUGGGAAUUAAUUAAAUCACAUCCUCGGAGUAGAGUUAAUUAGGAAGGCUGGCUGUAAAGUCAAACGACUGUUCGCGUUUAUUGUUACUAAUAGUUAAUGGGCUAUCUCUAACGUCUUACGGUCUAGUUUAUUCGAUAAAUGAACAAAAAAAAAGAAGUUAUUUAAUAAACUCGUUACCUCCGCCUAAGGAUGAUAGCUGUUACGAAAAAUCGUAAGGUUUAGCUGAGUAAGGCCGAAAUCGCAUUAAAUAAUAUGAGGAUAGAAAGUACACACCGAAAGUGCUACACACAGAUCUCUUUUUCUUAACGCGAAAUAGUUUACGGAGGGAAGAUAAGUGCGAACAAAAUUUUCCGUUUAUCUGAUAUCAGCAAUUCUCCCUUUUAUCAACUUGAUUUCAUUCUACCUCGAGCGCGGAUUAUCGAUAUUGCAUCACGUCGCGAAUGAUGACGACUCUAACUAAACUUCACUUAGCUAAUGAUGUCUGAGUAAACAAAAAUUAGUAUUCGCAAUUAAUUAUUGAAGGAAGCUGAAAAUAAAUUACUCGAACAAUGCGCGAGACCAAGUCGACGGCUUAUUUUCGUUCUCUUUUACUACAUCGAUACGAAUAUUUACUUCGUGCUUCGAUGACAUGAUUAGUGGACUCCUUUAAAACGUGUCUUAAAAUUACGACGAUACAGUCGUCGUGUGCCCCUUCUCGGAGGGUGCAACGGCGUCGGAAAAAGGCGGACGGGGUGAAAGACGAAUGAAUGUGAAAAACUUGGGCAAGACGUCGUAGCGGUAAAUCGAUAUAAUUAUUGAUUAAGAGAUAAGUUAUGUACAAAUGUAUUAUAAAUUAACAAUUAUCUCCAGAGUACCUUAACGCAGAAAAGAAAAAAAGUAAUUAAUGAAAAACUCACUUGACUCGUUUUAAUUAUCGUAAACACAUUAUAUAUAUAGAAACUCGUUUACUCCGCUUCUUUCGACGGGCGGGGACGAGAGCGGAAGGAUUAUGAGCGCAUAUAGGAUCAAUAAUUAAGGUAUCGAUUAUUGUCUAAUUAAUUAAUUAAACAAGUAACUCUCGAAAUAAGGCCGUUGUAGACAAAUAUUAAAAUAGGAAAAGUGAAAUAUUUUUAAUGAAACCAACAAAUGCCAACUAUUGUGUUCUCGUGAGAAUCAUAAUUAUUCCGUAAUUCUUAAGUAAAAAGAAAAAGGAAAGCGUAUCUAAGUCGUUGAUUAUAUAAGUCGUUGUAAUUUAAUUCUUUUGUUAGAAAGCAAGACGAUGGGAGAAAGUAAAAUUGGAUAUGAUAAAUCAUAUCCUAGGACGAGACGUACGUGACUAAGGCGAAUGGAACGUGCGCAUGAAGUGAGAGAAUGAGAUUGCAUGUUAAUUAAUUGAUAAAAGUGGUAAUCGAGCGACUGAUAAUGGACGUUGGAGGAAUCGAAUACCCUCGUAUUUUUUUAACCGGUCUGGUAUAUACAUUAAAGUUUAUUAAAAAAUUAUUUAAGCCGAAUAAUUUAUUGGAAUUCAGUGAUAUUGCUAAUUUUAGUAACCGCUUGAAAAAUUGAGUAGUUUUUUUCUGGUAAAAAGAAUUACGAAUCGAAGUCAAGCUUGUGCUAAUAUUAUUUGCGAUUUAAGACGAUGAGAGUAUAAGUGCGAGAAUGAUAAGAUCACGAAAAGAGUCUGAAAGAUUUUGGGAAGAAAGACGAAUAGAUAUUCGAUUCCUCAACGGGUAAGACGGUGUGAAAAGCUUGUGUGCGAUUAUGAACGUAAUGAGUGUGAUUUGGGGACAACGAGUGAGGACGUAAAUAUCUGAGGUUAACAACCAAACGGCAGAUACAUACAUACAUACACAUAUUUAGAGUGACAUUUACAGACACAUUUUAGUAAUACAGGAGUGUAGAUCGUACGGGGUACAAGUUGGCGCGCGACCAUCGCGCGUCGAAUCAGGUUUAAGAUUUGCCAAAUCUUAUUAAAUAAAAAACCACGCGAAACAGUAAAGUUUACUAAGCUGCACUACGCAUAGCAUGUAGGGAGUACUUGCAUUAAAGGAAAAAAAACAUAGCUAAAAACCGUUAGUGUUUAUUAAAACGAAGAUGUGAUGAAGAGUGCCGGUGCAAUAUUUCCAAAUUGAAUCGCCCCUCGAACCUGCCGUUUGUCGGAAGGAAAUGAUCCUUCGAUCGCGAACGAACUGCAUGCAAAAAAAAGAAAAAAAGAAAAAGGAGGAGAGAGAUGUGAGGAGGAAAUCGUUAUCACAAAUCAAACGGAAGGAGACUCUCGGUCAUUGCAUUUCUCUUGUGAUCGUGUCUUUGUGUCUCCAUUUUUCUUUUCGCGGCGUAUCCUUGUGUCGACGGAGCGUCUUGUAGGUUCGCAGGGCACGUGCGUAAUGUUAAUUAUCAAAAUGUGACAAGAAACGAUCGUCAAAUAGAACUCGUCGGGACGUGUUGGUGUCCUGCGUACGAAUGGAAGCAGGAGGAGGAGGAGGAGGAGGAGGAAGAGAAGACAGAGAUGAAUCGACGAGUGAAAAUUACGAAAGUAGUUAAAAAAUAAUUAACGAUCGUUAUCUAUUUUUAGCGAUGUUAUCUCCGACAUGACGGGUGGGGGAGACACCACUGGAGAUUGGUGUGGGCGAAACGACAAAUGAGAGGGAGGCACGAAUGGUAUUUUCGGUACACCUAUCAGAUUGAAUCAACGUGACGUGAAUUUCUGCGUUUGUCCCACGCGAAAUAGCAGGGCUCUGCAAUUGAUAUUGUAGUCCGUAUGGCGUGGGUGUGAGAGGACCGAAGUUGGUCGAGGUUUUCCUUCGAGAUUAACGAAUACACGUGCCGAAGUUUAAUUAAGCUGCAUUAUAAAUUAAGAUUCAAACUUUACGUAACGUCGAACCGUCCGUAUAUUACCAAACUUUCGUUCAUUUAGAGCCAUUUAAUGUCAGAAAGAUCAUGAAACAUCUGUUGCAAAUCUGUUCUUGAUCAUUUUCAAUGGAGACUAUAUUAGUGCGAACUUUAACUUGUACAUAUUGCUAUUUUGAAUUAGCGCAAAAUAAUAAACUUUAUAAGCUAUAUUUUUUAGAUAAUUUUUUUAUUAUAAAAGCCAUCUGCAUUGAAAUAUAUUUUUAUAUGCAUGUAAUUACAAUUUUUAAUCUAUUAAAGUAAAAAUGUAUAGAAAUUGGUCUCAUUUUUUUAUCAACGCUAGCUUGCUCAAAAUGUUCCAUUUUUUAAACUUUUUAAAUAGUUUUGCAUUCCUCGUAUUUUUGAUUGCUAUAGAAUGCAAAACAAAUAAAUCUUAAAUAUAGAUCUUCUAACGCAAUCGUAAUAAAAUAAAAUAUUACAAUUUGAUUCUUAAAUAAUUAUCAUAAGUUAAUGCGUUUUAAUGUGCUUCCAACAGCGCCGCAUGUACUCUCUGUGACAUGCUGUGCAAAGGUGCCAGUUUGCUUGAAACAUAAAAUUUUUUGAA